AAACUCACCACUCUACUCUUUCUCUCUCUAAUCUCUAGAGAGAGUUUCUUCUCUUCAUUGAAACACUCUCUCUCCUACAGACAUUUUUUUCGCUGGCAAGGAAGAAAGCAGUGGGAGUAGUACUAGUACUGUGUCAAUUACUCAUUUUCCUUUUCCGCUUGGGUUUUUUUUUUUUCCUUUUCUGCGCCUGUGACUUCCUUCAUAAAGGAGAGAGAAACUCUGAAAUGUCGCUUCUGUAAUUUCCCUUUUUCCCUGUACUGGCUUCUUCAGCCUUUUGGGUGCUCCUCAUCUCAGUCCAAAAGAGUGAUUUUCUUUGUAUCACUGUUACUAAGCUUGAUUGUUACGGUUUUCUUUCGCUUUUUUGCCCUUUCUCUAUUCCUAUGAGAAUCUGAAGAGAAAAAAAUUGAAUGAUGGAGCAGAGUAUUCUAUGUCCGAUAAAAUACACGGAGCAUCGGAGCGUCACGAAGAAGGUGAGGAAACAGUCGAGGAAGUCGUUGUGUUCGCCGUCAUCGUCGUCGUCGGCGGAGUUUAGCCCCGCCGUGCCGAGAGUCGUGAGGAUAUCCGUUAUGGACCCUUACGCCACCGACUCGUCGGACGACGAAGAAGACGAGGGUGAGUUUAUUUUCAGCCGUCAGCGGGUGAAGAGAUAUGUCAAUGAGAUUAAGAUUGAGACGAGUUGUAAGCCGAGAAUCGCCGCAGUUAAUGCUCGGAAGAGACCGGCGGUGGAGGCGCCGGCGCAUCGGAGGCCGAUCAAGACCACGACGACGAACGGGAGGAAGUUCCGCGGCGUGCGGCAGCGGCCGUGGGGAAAAUGGGCGGCGGAGAUUAGAGAUCCGGCGAGGCGCGUGAGGUUGUGGCUGGGGACGUACGACACGGCGGAGGAGGCAGCGAUGGUGUACGACAACGCCGCGAUUAAGCUUCGCGGCCCCGACGCGCUCACGAACUUCGUCACGCCGUUUCAGAAGGAUCAGAAUCCGGAGUUGCCGGAGGAGAACAAGGCCUCUUCUGCAUCCGCCUCCGUCUCCGGCUACGAUUCCGGCGAUGAGUCGCGGAAUCUCUCGUCUCCGACGUCGGUGCUUCACUUCAGGACUCAUUCAACUGAAGAAGCCGAGGCGCCGCAGAAGCCGGUGGAGCCGUUAGAGGCCGAGGUCUGUCAACCUCUAUUACUGAAAGCACCGAAACAAGUAAUGAUAGUCGAAGAAUGUCAAGGCGAGACGAGUAUCGCAGAUGAUUUGGGAGAGUACUGGCCUCUUGACUUCCCGUCGUUCGACGACGACGUUUUCAAGUUCGAAUCGCCGGAAUCGGAGACGCUGUUCGAGCCGUCGUUCCUCUUUGACGAAAACGACGACGUUUCGGCGAUUACAUCCUUACCGGAGAGCGUACUGAAGGAGGAUUUCAGCGACAUGUUUCUGGACUCGUUUGAGACGUCGUCGCCGCCGUUGCCGUCGGCGGCGUGGCAAGGGGACGAUCUGUUUCAAGAUAUUUUGUUCGGUUCCGAUCCUCUUGUGGUCCUCUGAGCAAGGACUGAGCACUGUCAUUGGACCGAGUGUUGCCGCCGUUGGCUUGCCGAUUUCUCGGCAGAUUUUGUUCAGGCUGCAGCAAAAAUCAAUGCGACAAAAAAAAAA